AUGCUGACGGGAGGGAUCGUGGCCGUGGCAGGGCAGUUCCAGGGCUGGUACUUCGCGGCGUAUGCUAUCGUGGCAGGUGUCCUGGUCUGCCUGUUGGAGUAUCCCAGGAGCAAGAGGAAAAAGGGGUCUACUAUGGAGAGAUGUGGCCAGAAGUACAUGACAGCCGUGGUGAAGCUGUUUGGGCCUCUCACAAGGAACUACUACAUCCGAGCCGUCCUACACGCAGCCCUGGCUGUCCCUGCUGGUUUCCUCCUCUCCACCAUCCUGGGCACCGUCUGCCUUGGCAUCGCCAGCGGCAUCUACCUGCUGGCAGCAGUGCGUGGGGAGGAGUGGACACCCAUCGAGCAGAAGCCCAGGGAGAGGCCACAAGUGGGAGGCACCAUCAAGCAGCCCCCCAGCAAC